AUGUCCAAACAACGAUACGGACAGGACCGACCUGUCUCGGACGUGUCAGCACUGGGUAGGCCUCUCAAGCUGGCCUUUUCUCAAAGAACAGCCAAGAACCGGUUCCUGAAAGCAUCUAUGACCGAAAGGUUGUGCACUUGGGAUACCAAGGACAUCAGCAAACGCGGCAUCCCUACCCCGGACAUCAUCAAUGCAUUCAAGUGGUUCGGAGAAGGGGGUAUCGGUAUCAUCCUCACCGGAAACCUGAUGGUCGAUCCUAUCAACAUCGAGGGCCCCGGUAACCUGAUCAUCCCCCCCGACGCUCCCUUCGAAGGGCCACGUUUCGAGGCCUAUAAACGUCUUGCCUGGGCUGGCAACCACGCCGGAAGUUUGAUGAUCGGCCAGAUCUCUCAUGCUGGCCGACAGGUCCAAAGUCGAUUGAACGCGGAUCCUGUAUCGGCCUCAGCUGUCCACCUCACCAAGGAGGUGUGGGGCAUGACAUUUGCCAAGCCACAUGCUGCCAGCCACCAAGAGAUCAAGGGCCUCGUGGACGCAUUUGCACAUGCGGCCGAGUAUCUUUACAAGACUGGCUUCGACGGUGUAGAGCUUCAUGGUGCUCACGGCUACCUGCUCUCUCAGUUCCUCUCUCGCAGGACAAACCAGCGCACUGACGAGUACGGCGGUUCUGUUUCGAACCGAGCUCGGAUCAUCGUGGAGAUUGUCGCGGCCAUCAGAGCACGCAUCCCUCUUUCAAGCGGUUUUGUCCUCGGCGUGAAGCUCAACUCGGUUGAGUUUGACGAGAAGGGAUUCACCCCUGAAGAAUGCGCUGAGCUCUGCGAGCUCCUCGAACACCAGUGUCAGUUUGACUUUGUGGAGCUCUCUGGCGGUACCUACGAAGACAUGGCAUUUGAGCACAAGAACGAACACACCAAGAAGCGCGAGGCAUUCUUCCUCGAGUUCGCCGAAUCGGUUGUGCCAAGACUCAAGCAGACCAAGGUCUUUGUGACGGGAGGGUUCCGCACGGUGAGCGCCAUGGUCAAGGCUCUGGAUGUCGUUGACGGAGUUGGCCUGGCUCGUCCCCUCUGCGCGGAGCCUAAGUUGCCCAAGGACAUUCUGGAGGGCAGGGUGAAUACGGGGGCCGUUAUCCUGAAGAUCAACAAUCAAGACUAUGGCCUGACCGAGACAGCAGCAGGAACCCAGAUCCGCCAGCUAGGGAGAAAUCAGUGUCCCAUGGACCUCACCAACGAUGAGGUUGUUGAAGCGUUUAACAAGAGCGCUGAGAAGUGGGAGAAGGCCUUGGAGGCGGACGGGGACAAGAUGGAGGUCUACGGUUACGUGGAUCUAGAGGGUGUCGAGCUUGCUCCUAUGGGCAGCGGGGACAAGUCAUGUAGACUCUAG